CCGGGGAUGGCGGCUCCGCCCCGGGCCCGUCCCCGGCACCGCCUCCCUUCCGGCGGCCUCAGCGGCGCUCCCGCCUCUUCCCUCAGAGCGCGCUGGGGCCCAGAGCAGCGACCGCGCCGCGGCCAUGAGUGAGGCAGAAGUGAAUCCCAAAGCUUACCCGCUGGCUGAUGCACAGCUCACCAAAACACUGCUGGAUCUGGUGCAGCAAUCCUGCAACUAUAAGCAGCUACGCAAAGGAGCCAAUGAAGCCACCAAAACACUGAACAGAGGAAUAGCAGAGUUCAUUGUGAUGGCAGCAGAUGCAGAGCCCUUGGAGAUCAUCCUGCACCUCCCUCUUCUCUGCGAGGACAAGAACGUCCCUUACGUGUUUGUGCGCUCCAAGCAAGCCCUGGGCCGGGCGUGCGGCGUUUCCCGGCCCGUCAUCGCCUGCUCCAGUCUGUACAGCAAGCUAUAGAAAGACUGCUGGUCUAAGUGCCCACGAGUGUGUGUGUGAAAUAGAAAAGUGCAAAUUAGGGGGAAUUAAUGUUUAGCUUCAGUUGAGAUGAUGGUUUUGAUAUCAGUGUUUCAUUUCAAAAUGCCACAUUUUUGUUUAAUAAUGGCUUAAUUAUUAGUGUUUCCACCUCCUAGCUCCCCACUUUUCUAUUAUUCCACUCCAACAGAUUCAUUCUCAUUGUAUUACUUAAAAAGUGACUGUACAACUGUGUUUCCUGUUUUAUGUUUAGAAGGACAGAAAAAAAAAAAAAGCCCCCCCUUGUCUUCCUGUCUGCCUGCUCAGGGCUUUUUCAACCUACCUGUCAGCUUUCUCUGUGUUGCAAUAUUUCUGCUAAGCUUCAGCCUCCAGCAGGUGUGAGUAACUCUGCAUUUCUGAACGGUUUAGGCUACUGAGGAAAAGGUUCCCUGUGUUCAGGUUGCUGGAGUCAGUAAGUGAUGGAGCAGCACAGGCAGGUAUAAGGCAGGCAGCACCUACUGUGUAGCAGCAGAUGGAGCCAAGAUCAGUGCACACAGCACAGCCCUUGUUCUUGAAGCCAGACAAGAGACUUCUGUAAGAGAUGCACGGGGAGCAGAAAUCUUAUGGCAGUACACAAGGGGGACUCUCUUAACUUGAUUUUUUUAAAAUACUGACUUUUUAAGAAAAAAAUAAAAAGGCUGCAAAGCUAAAUAGAAUUGUCAUUCCCUUGGUGAAAUAUUUGCAACUAACUGGAUUGUUUCUGCUUGUAAAGCUAAACUGCUCACAGGUUGCCUAAAGGCUAUUGCAGUGCAGUAAUUUGUACUCCCUACUCUUUCCAUGGACUGUUACCACUGAGGUUGGGCUUCCUAGGGAAGUUAAGUACAAAAGACAUGGCAGAGAGCAGUCUGUUGUGGCUGACGAGUACCCUACAUCUGGCUAUUAAUUAUAAAAAGUGCCAUGCUUUUUAGCUACUGCACUCUAGUCACCUGACUGAAGAUGAACACUUUUAAGUCAUGGCCAAGGAAACAGAGAACAAGUAAUUUUUCAGAUAAAAUAAUAUGUGUCUCAAGAAGAGAAUGCUGUAUCAUCUCAUGUCCUGGAAAAGCAGUAUGGAGCACCAACAGCAGUCUGAAUUAGCGGUGGUUUUAUGGGCCUAGUUUUUAGUUAAAUGCAUAUUGUAUAAUAAAUCCACUUCUGCUCUGAUAAUAAUA